AUUUAGCUAAUUUCUAUGCAAUUCCCAAAUUGGAUGGGUUGACGAAGCUAAUUUUCCAAUUUUAAAAGCACCUCCGUGUUCCACACCCUAUCACGAGGUUCAGAACCCUAUCUAUAUCAGCACUCUGUUCGUCUGUUUACUGAGUGAUUGAAUUAGAUCUCUGAGUUUUUGGCAUAUAUUUGUUGCAUGUUUUAUAUCAAGGCAAGAAUUGGCUUUUGAUACAAAGAAAAAAUAAGAAAUGGCGGCUGGAACGACCAGAAAAAUAUCAGCGGCCUCAGCAAGGGCUCACACAAGAAAACCAAAGCAAAAGGCUUCCGGUGCAGGAUUUUCAGGGGUGUUCAAGAAAAUUCUAUUGGUUUCUUUCAUCGGGUUUUUGGCAUGGGCUUAUCAGGCAACUCGGCCUCCUCUUCCCAAAAAAUGUGGCUCGCCAGAUGGACCUCCCAUUACAGCAUCCAGAAUACAACUUAAUGAUGGGAGACACUUGGCUUACAAAGAAUAUGGUGUCCCAAAGGAUAAGGCGAAGUAUAAAAUAAUCUUUGUCCAUGGCUUUGAUAAUUGCAGACUUAGUGUUUCUGCUAUAACCUCAUAUAUCUCCCCGGAUCUUGUUGAAAGUCAAGGAAUCUAUGUUGUUUCAUUUGACAGACCAGGUUAUGCAGAAAGUGAUCCUAACCCGAAACAAACAGUUAGGAGUACCGCUUUUGACAUUGAGGAGCUUGCAGAUAAGUUGGGCUUGGGAUCCAAAUUCUAUAUUGUUGGAUUUUCUAUGGGAGGACAGGUGGUAUGGACCUGCCUCAAGUAUAUUCCUCACAGAUUGGCAGGAGCAGCGCUGUUGGCACCAGUCAUCAAUUAUUGGUGGCCUGGUUUACCUUCAAACUUGUCCAAAGAAGCCUAUGAUCAGCAGCUUCCACAAGAUCGAUGGGCUCUCCGUGUUUCUCACCACAUGCCAUGGCUUACCCACUGGUGGAACACUCAAAAAUUAUUUCCGCGUCUUAGUCUUGUAGAUCACAACCCAGCAGUUUUCUCCCACCAGGACAGAGAACUUAUGCCUAGGAUUCAAUCUAUGGUGGGGGAGUAUCAGGCACAGAUUAGACAGCAAGGAGAUUUUGUAUCCCUUCAUCGAGAUUUGAUGAUUGGAUUUGGGACCUGGGAAUUUGAUCCUACGGAUCUGGAGAACCCCUUUUUAGAAAGUGAAGGUUCGAUUCACUUAUGGCAGGGUGAUGAAGAUAAACUUGUCCCUGUUAAACCACAACGUUACAUUGUCCAGAAGCUGCCAUGGAUUCAGUAUCAUGAGCUACCCGGCGCUGGACACAUGUUUCCAUAUGCUGAUGGAAUGGCAGACUCGAUCAUCAAAACACUUUUAGGCGCUGCAUAGACGCGUCUUCUGCAGAGAUGUUGGGUCUACACUUGUUCUAGUGCAUCAUUACCUCGGGAUUUGAAAUCUCGUAUGUUGUGACAAUUUUUGUUUGAGACAUGAUGUUAUAUAUGAGCUACAAUUUUCAUUUGAAUUGAUCAGUAAUGGAAGUGAAGGUGACUGCCCUGGUCAGUCUCUAUCUAGCC